AUGGGUGUCCCAGUCAACGACUUGACGGCAAGGCGGGUCGACAAGGGCAAACAGAUCGCUACCAUCCCCACGGCUGAGCUCCUAUCGAACGUAGAUGCCCAGUCCCUCUCUUUCUUCUUCGGCAGACUGCCGCUCGAACUCCGCCGGCUCAUCUACCGCGAGGUCUGGAAGGCCUACCUCAAGCCGCGCCGCGUGUCGCCCUCGGCCCCGGGCACCGACUUGCGCCUCCACAUCUACAAGGACCGCUCGGCCGCCACCAGCCUGACCCACACCCGCUGCAAGGUGCACCCGGGCGAGCCCAUCCAAGAGGACACCUUCAAAUGCAGGGUUACCCAAUUGGGAACUCACGCGUUCGCCUAUCCUGGGGCAGGUCGGAAGACAGUGAUGGCGUCGAUCCACUGGUUCAAGCAUCUUCCCGCCUCGUGA